AUGAGUUUCUCAGGGCGCUCGCAGGGCAGGCCCGAUGGCGAGAUGUUCUUAAAUCGUCCCAAUGAUCGCGACUCUCCCACAAUUGUCGAGCCCUUACGCAUCAACAAAAGAACUUCAAGUGCGGGCUCUGGUGUUCUGCCCGCUCAAAGCCCUCCCCCACAGCAGCCUACCCAGACCACCCAUUACCCCAUGCCUUCACUGCCGUACCCCGACGCCCAUGCGAACGGUGCUCCUGCGCCAAACCCGGCUCCGAAUGUCUAUCCUUAUCCAGAUGUUAGAAGAGUGACGUCCCCAGAACAGCCCGGGAGUGCAGGAAGUGGCUCAAGGCAACAGGCAAAGAGAACUACAUCAGGCGAUGGGAAACCCGGUCAAACACUCGCCGAGAGGAGGGGCACUUUUCCCAAGCCUUUACCAGAAUCCCCUGGGCCUGAGGCUCCGGACAAGGAAGGUCUCUUUCAACGCGCUCCUCAAAGAGCCGCGGGUCCUGCUACUGGCCCGCUGCCAAACAGUCAAGGUCAGCAGCAGCACCAGUAUUGGCCUCCUCCGUCAGCGGGCUCCACUGCAGACGCGUUGAGCAGGUUGAAUAUUCGAGAUCCCUCUUCCAUCAAUCGCAUAAGUUCGACCGCCUCAACUUCAACCACGAGGGCGCAAAGAGGCUCCCCUCCUCCUCCCGAGACGCCAAUAGCUGGCCCUGGCCCUGUCCCGGUCGCUCCCGGCGCACGGCCGCAGACUGACAUCGAGGCACGGUACGCCGCCUCCGGCAUCGCUGGCACCGCAACUUUGACCAACCUGCAGGCUCAAAGCUUAGCAUCACAGCACAGAGCCGCUCAAUAUGGCAACCAACCGCCUCCGAGUCAAGCCCAGCACACAAAUCCACCUCGCCGGCCAUGGACACCCACAGAGGCUCCCGGAAGCACGGCUCAUCCCGUGCCGACAGUAUAUCAAGGCAUGGGUGAGGCACAGUCUUCUCCUCCCAGAACUUCUCCGCGACCACUGUCCCAACAUGCACCACCGGUGCAAUCUCCCGGGCGAGCUCCAGCCCAUCCUGCUGAGAAUGAGAUUUCCAGGUUGCAGCCUCACGAGGAACCUCCACCUGCUUACUCGCAAGUGCCUGGUUCGGCAAAUGGUAGACAAUAUUCCGCUGACAAGCAAAGACGGAGUACAGCCGGGGCUUCCUUACCACCGUCGGCAGGUGCUGCGCAAGUACCUAUAAAUGCAGCACCUGGAACUCAGAUGCCAAAUCAAUCGGAUCAUCCAGCUUUUGCGAAUGAUCCCCGACAAGGGACACCAAGCCACGCGGUGCAGCCCGCUGCCAAUGGCCAUAUGCAGCCACAGCAGUACCAGUUGCCCCAGACCCCUUCACAGAUACCUCCGGCCUCCCCUCCGCCCCUCCCGGAAGGCUGGAUCGCUCAUAUGGACCCGAACUCUGGCCAAUAUUACUAUAUCCACCUCCCAACCCAAUCUACUCAGUGGGAGUUUCCCAAGGGCCCUACCCCCCUAAAUCUGACCGAUGCACCUUUGUCCCCGGCUGCAAGUAUAUACCAGAAUCCUCUUGCUUCACCAGGUCUCUCUUUUUCACAAAAGCCUCUUGCUUCUCCCGGCGUACCUAUGACGCCGGGAUUUGAUCAGCAAAGUGUGAUGGGCCUGUCAAACCCGGCAGCUUUCACUGGACCUCCGCCAACUGCAGGUGUAGACUUGUACAAGAUUGUUGCCACCAAUGGAGUGUAUUUCGGGCCAUACCUGCGGUACUGUAAUAUGGACAUCGAUCGAGGCAUUUGGUACGGAUCAAUUCUGCUGGUCACUGACGCACCCCAACCACCAACGAUCCACAUUCACCAAAGCACCGACCUAUCACCGAAUCCCCGCCAGCUCAAAGCCGCCAAUAUCUCGACUCACCAACGCUGGACCUUUUACAAGUAUGAAAUAGAUCUUGUUAUGGAUGAGUCCGGGCCAGCAAAAUGGACCUAUGCGAUCACAUCACAUCUUGGCUGCACCCGCUACGAAUUUAUGGUGGCGGGUAAGCACGAAACAAACUGGAGAUUCAUUGCAACUUCAGGAAAUGACUUUUCGUUGAACGUCAGUACGAAUGAGCGUGCUAGGCUCGGUGGAGCCGGCUUCAUGUGGAAGGACAUUAUGCAAAAGCACGCCGAAUGUGGUGGCUUCCACUGCCAACUUGGGCUGGGUGGUCAGAUUUCUGCCGACAGAUUAUGGAAGGAAAUCCCUUCACUAAAGCAGUGGUUAGCCAUGAGUGGGAAAGAGAAUCGAAAGAAUGCCAUCUGGACAGCGGCACACGAGGAGGACGUCACGCACGCCUAUUUCCACUACUAUACCAGUCAUUUCGAUCAGCCAUAUCUACGAGAAGCUUUUGCACAGAUACCCCACGUUUUGAUGAUUGACGACCAUGAUAUUUUUGAUGGAUUUGGCUCCUACCCUGAAUAUAUGCAAUUCAGCAACAUGUUCAAGAAUAUUGGUCGCAUUGGAAUUGAGAUGUACCUGCUGUUUCAACACCAUACGACUUUGGAGCUGCUCCGAAAUGUCUCUGACGACCGAGAUCUGUUUACGAUUACAGGUACCGGAUGGCAUUUUGUCAAAUACCUUGGACCAGCCGUGGCUAUUGUUGGACCAGAUACGAGGAGCGAAAGAAAUCCGCACCAAGUUAUGGCUGGGCCGACUUAUCAGGGCCUUUUCCCAAAGAUUGCGUUGUUGCCUCCAACGAUCCAACACUGUAUUUUGCUGAUAGCUGUCCCUUUGAUCUACCCACGAUUGGAUGCCGCCGAGUCCAUCGCACAUACUGUUGCAACUGGCAAGAAAGCUGUGACUGGAACAUACAACCUUCUUGGAAAGGUAACCAGCUCUGUAGCCGGGGUUGUUGGUGCAAAAGGCGCUGUCGGGUCAGGAUUUGAUUCUGUCAAGAGAGCGGUCGGAAAGUCCGGCCUGAUGGGAGGCAUCUUGAGUCCAUUCGGAGAUAUAGAUGUUCUUGAUGAACUGAAAGAUCAAUGGACGCAUGAGUCAAAGGACCUUGAACGAACCUAUCUCAUCCGAACACUACAAGGGAUCUCUCAUCAGCGAUCAAUACGCUUCACAUUCCUCUCCGGAGCGGUGAACACAUGCGGAGCAGGACUUGUCCACGAUCCAUCUCAUCCAUCCGACCACAAGACUAUGUAUCAACUCAUUUCAUCCUCUGUGGUCAACACGCCGCCACCGAGCUACGUCAUGAAACUACUCAAUAACAACAAACCACUCUAUAUUCCUCCGAAUGGGCAGAGGUCAACCCCGCAACAACCGACUGAUACCAAAGAAGAUAUGAUGGAGAUAUUCAGUCAUGAUGUUAACGGCCAGCCCACCAACAACCGCAAGUUGAUGGCACGGAGAAACUAUGUGGCAAUUGUGAUUUAUGACCCGGAGAUUGUGAAUGGCACGUUUGGGCAAACCGGAAUGAGUCGGGGAUCGGGGAAGUUGAGUCUUGCAGCAGAUUUCCUUGUCCAGGGUGAGGGUGCCUAUGGCAAUGUUGUGAAGUUUGGACCGGUGGUUGUACCGAGUUUGGAAUAUGGCCGCUGA